CAGCGGUAUUUAUGCUAGUGCGGUUAUCUUGCGGCUAGCCAUGGCUAACCAUAGCCAAACCUGCAAAUAACUUAAUAACCAAAACCGCAAAUUACGGCUGCGGUUAGCAAAGUAGUAACCACCAAUGCGGUUUUGCCGCAGUCUACUCCUCACCAGUAUGGAGCUGACAGCCGCCCAAACGAAAAUUACCCCGACCCACCGCCCAACUUCCCCGAACCCAACAUUUUAAGCUUGAUCAACCUCACGCCUCACAAGAAAUCACAUACCACACCACCUGGGCACCCUUGGGACCUUUACACAACACUAAAUGCUCUCGUUCCUCGCCAAGCAAAUUCCUCGAACAAGAACAGCAAACCUAAACCCGAUAAUCUUCGACAACGGCCUCUCAUCCAUCGAAUUCAAAGCCCCAGCCGACCGAUACCUAGUAGUAAACCGAUGGCCACCAGCCUCAAAUGCCAGGAACCGAAACAUCGCACUCCGGCCUCCAUUACACUGGCACCGGCACCAGUCCGAGACAUUCCAUGUUCUCCAAGGUUUAGCGGAGUUCACAUGUAAAGGACAGAAGAUCACUAAAUCGGUAGGCGAAUCGAUGACUAUACCUGCCCGCGCAAUCCACACGUUCUGCAACGCGAGUCCGACGCAGGAAUUGGCUGUGGAGUUUGUAUUAGAGCCAAAGUGGAAGGAGAGGGAUGAGGCUUUUUUUCGGAAUGUACAGUCCUAUCGAGAUGACUGUCGAAAGGUGGGCGUGAGCCGCAGUCUUCCUCAGGUGCUUCUGUUUAACUAUGUUGGUGGUGUUGUACUCGCUCUGCCAGGGCCGCCUUCUAUUGCGAGACCCCUCGGUGUGCUGUUGAAUUUCUUUGGGGGCCUGGUUUUGGGGAAAUAUCUCCUGGGGUAUCAGGAGUCCUAUCCCGAGUAUCAUAAGCGAGCUUCGUAACAAGAAGCGCUAUUGUUUGAAAAUGUUAGAUUAGACUCGAGGGCGUAUCGAGCGAAAAACAGAAUAGUGAAGACAUUGAUUCUUUGUCUCCUUUAAAACGAACCAUAGCUGUCAGUUAUUUUCCCUAGUGAAAUAUAAUAACAGGUUACAGGUCGG